CUUUCCUCCCCCAUUAUCAUUUCAUAUAUGCCAUCUCUUCUUGGACUGUUGAAACAUUAGCUUCCUUCUUUUAUCCCCAUCCCUUAUUUAAGUACAACCUCCUCCAUUUCUUCAACCCUCUCUCUCUCUCUCUCUCUCUCUCUCUCUCUCUCAAACUCUUCAUUAAUUCUACCUUUUCCCAAAUUGAGUGUGUGUGUUUAUUUUUGUUGCAAUGAUUUCCAAAAGGGAACAAGAAGAAGCAAAUGAGAUGGUGGAAAACAACCAAGAUAGUGAUAAUGAGGAAGAUGAUAAGUUGGGAGAUUGGUUGAGUUUAAGCCUCAACUCAAAUGAGCCAUCUGCAGCUGGGGACUGUGAUCCUCUGUCACCAAAACCAUCAACUAGCAGCAACAAGGUUUUCUCAUGCAACUUUUGCCUGAGGAAAUUCUAUAGCUCACAGGCCUUGGGAGGUCAUCAAAAUGCACACAAAAGAGAAAGAGGAGCUGCCAAAAGGUACCAGUCUCACAGAAUGAUGAUGUCAUCAAUGGGGUUUCCAUUCAACCCUGUAGCUGCAGCAAGGUCACUGGGUGUCCAGCCUCACUCACUUGUGCAGAAGCCAAGCAGAUCAGAUGGGUCUUCAAUGGUGGCAAGAUUUAGUGACCCCAGCACAGGUUUUGGGAUGGCAUGGACACCGUUCAUGCUUGAAGAAACCAUGGAUUUGAUUUGGCCAGGAAGUUUUCGUGUGGACAAAUUUCCAACACAAGAAUCAGAUGUACAUAAUAAGCAGCUGGACUUAAAUCUUCGACUGUGAUUCUAAAAUCUGAUCCUAGUGUUUGUAUUUCAAUCUAAAUUCUUCUUCUUUU